CAAAAUCCAGAAAGAGAGCUUAUCCAAACGCCUUCCAUUACCAUUAUUAUAUAAGUCCUAGCGAUCGACAAUGAGCGAUCCCCCAAACGGUUGUUGAACCCGGCUCCACUCGAGAAACUGCCACCCCUCCAUUAAUAAUGGCCACCAGGAGCUACUUCUUCGCCAGCAACCCAUCCCCAACAAUCACCUCCGACACCCAGUUCGAGUUCGACGAUUCCGAGGUCUGGAAAUCCAACGAGUUCGCCGUCACGCCCGAUUCCAAGACGAAACCGGUGCCCAGCUCCAAGAAAAAGCCGGCUGGCUGCCGGAGGAGCAGCGCGGCCAUUGAUCGGCUGGUGCCCAAGGCGACGUCUUCCCUGCCGGUGAACAUCCCCGACUGGUCAAAGAUCCUGCGGGGAGAGAACCGGCGGAGGCUGGCUGAGAACGGCGGCGGUGGCAACGACGUCGAGGACGAUGAGGACGGGAUGGUGAUUCCGCCGCACGAGUACUUGGCGAGGACAAGAAUGGCGUCGUUGUCGGUGCAUGAAGGCGUCGGGCGGACGCUCAAGGGCCGGGACUUGAGCAGGGUGAGAAACGCCAUUUGGAAGCAAACUGGCUUCGAGGAUUAAUAAUAAUAAUAAUAAUUAACUUAGAAAGAGAAGACGAUCGACGGUGAUCAGUUCUAGAACUGGUUUCAAAUUUUUGGGUUUUGGCAAUGGUUAACCUAGCUAGCUAGCUAGACAUAUAGCUUAUCGUCUGUUUAAUUGCUAGUCGUCGCAUAUGUCUAUAUACAUAUAUAAUCUUUGUACUGCGAGAUCCUCUGGUCUUUCUGGGUUUGUGAGUCUGAUUCGGAGGAUCCAUGUUAGUUUCUUGCUUGUAAAAUCUGACUCGUUUUGGAGUUCUCAUAUGGAGAAAUUAAUAAAUCCUUCUCCCGCGCGUUGCUCUC